UUCACCACGUACUCACAUAUUAUCGAAAACAUUUGCCGCAUUUGCUCGGCGCUUAUUAAACUUUGUUGUUUCUGUUUAGUUUUUUGAGUGAAAUACGCAAAAUGACUGCUGUGCCGCCGCCCGCAAACAUAUCCACACUGAUGCCAUUGGAACUGGUGGACAAAUGCAUCGGUUCCAGAAUUCACAUCAUCAUGAAGAACGACAAGGAAAUGGUGGGCACCCUGCUGGGCUUUGAUGAUUUCGUCAACAUGUUGCUCGACGAUGUAACGGAAUACGAGAACACGCCCGAUGGACGCCGCAUCACAAAACUAGAUCAGAUUCUGCUUAAUGGUAACAACAUUACAAUGUUGGUGCCUGGUGGAGAGCUGGCUGAAUAGCAAUUUUAUACACUUUUUACACUCUCAAUAAACAUGAAUAAAAUGAAA